AUGGGACUACCUGCCCUGGAGUUCAGUGACUGCUACCUGGACAGCCCGCAGUUCAGGGAGAGACUCAAGUCUCACGAGCUGGAGCUGGACAAGACCAACAAGUUCAUCAAAGAGCUGAUUAAAGACGGCAAAGCUCUCAUCCAGGCUUUGAAAUGUCUGUCAACAGCCAAGAGGAAGUUUGCUGACUCUCUCAACGAGUUUAAAUUCCAGUGCAUCGGAGAUGCCGAGACGGAUGAUGAGAUAUGCAUAGCCAAGUCUCUUCAGGAGUUUGCAGCGGUCCUGCAGAACCUGGAGGAUGAGAGGACACGGAUGAUCGAGAACGCCAAUGACGUGCUGAUUAUGCCUCUGGAGCGGUUCAGGAAAGAACAGAUCAGCGCAGCCAAGGAAGCCAAGAAGAAAUAUGACAAAGAGACAGAGAAGUAUUGUGCAGUGCUGGAGAAGCAUCUUAGCCUUUCAGCAAGGAAGAAAGAGUCGCAUCUACAUGAAGCAGACAACCAGGUCGACAACGUACGGCAGCAUUUCUACGAGGUCUCUCUUGAGUACGUCUUCAAGGUGCAGGAGGUCCAAGAGAGGAAGAUGUUUGACUUUGUGGAGCCUCUGUUGGCAUUUCUCCAAGGCCUGUUCACCUACUAUCACCACGGCUAUGAGCUGGCAAAGGACUUCAAUCACUUCAAGACUGAUCUCACCAUCAGCAUACAGAAUACGAGGAACCGUUUUGAGAGCACACGGUCGGAGGUGGAGAGUCUGAUGAGGAAGAUGAAGGAGAAUCCACACGAUCACAAGAGUGUCAGUCAGCACACCAUGGAAGGAUACCUGUUUGUACAGGAGAAGCGUUCAUUUGUAUCUACCUGGGUGAAGUACUACUGUACAUACCAUCGCGAGCCCAAGAGGGUGACCAUGGUACUGUUUGACCCUAAAUCAGGAGGGAAAAUGGGAGAAGAAGACAGCUUCAUGCUCAAGUCGUGCACCAGGAGGAAGACGGACUCGAUAGAAAAGAGGUUCUGUUUCGAUGUGGAGGCUGUGGACAGGCCGGGAGUGAUCACCAUGCAGGCUCUGUCGGAAGAAGACCGCAGGUUGUGGAUGGAAGCCAUGGAUGGGAGAGAACCGGUGUACAAUCUGAACAAAGACAACCAGGCUGAAGGCAUGGCCCAGCUGGAUGUCAUUGGGUUCAACGUGAUGAAAAAAUUCAUCUAUGCUGUGGAGACUCGAGGUAUUAAUGAACAGGGCUUGUACAGAAUUGUUGGCGUCAACUCCAGAGUACAAAAACUACUGAGCCAGGCUAUGGAUCCUAAGACAUGUGCUGACGUGGAGCUGGAAAACCCAGAGUGGGAAAUAAAGACGAUCACGAGCGCUAUCAAGCAUUAUCUCAGAGUGCUGCCCGCCCCUCUCAUGACAUACCAGUACCAGAGGAGCUUCAUCAAAGCUGCCAAACUGGACAACCCAGAGGCCAGGGUGACAGAGAUUCAUGCUCUGGUGCAUCGACUACCUGAGAAGAACAGACAGAUGCUGGAGCUGCUGAUGAAACAUCUGGCCAAUGUGGCCAGUCACCACCAGCACAACCUUAUGACCAUCGCUAAUCUGGGUGUGGUCUUCGGGCCGACUCUGCUGCGCCCCCAGGAGGAGACGGUGGCAGCCAUCAUGGACAUCAAGUUCCAGAACAUAGUCGUGGAGAUCCUCAUAGAGCACCAUGAAAGGAUAUUCAGGGAUGUGCCGAGUUCUGCCGGAGGUUCGACCAACCUGCAGCUCAACCUGUCCAGGAGAAAAAGCACUGAGAACAAAGCCCCGUCCUGCAGCGAGAGGCCUCUCACACUCUUCCACACACCAACACAUUCCCAGAAAGGUGAAAAGAGGAACAGUGUUGUCAACACCACAGUCAGCGAGCUACAGCAGCCGGUUUCCUCCUCUGCCAACUGUAACAGCAGCAGCAGCAGCAGCAGCGGCAGCCAGGGUCGAACCCCGAGACACAGCCUGACCAGCAACGACGGAGAGCAGGACAACCGGCAGAUCCGACCCAGCUCACUGCUCAACCCAAAGAGUCGUGGCAGCAUCCCUAUCAGUGCAACAUCCCCCAGCCCCACCUCACCACGGUCACCUUCCUGGCCGAUGUUCUCAGCCCCGUCAAGUCCUCAGCCGACAUCCUCCGCCUCCAGUGACUCCUCUCCUAUCAGUAUUGCGGGCAGGAAGGCUCGAGCGCUGUAUGCCUGCAAGGCGGAGCAUGACUCUGAGCUGUCCUUCAUCGCUGGAACUGUCUUCGAGAACGUUCAUGCCUCCAGGGAGCCGGGCUGGCUGGAAGGGACUCUGGACGGUCGAACAGGACUGAUACCAGAAAACUAUGUGGAGUUUUUAUAGUCCAGGGCUGAGAAAAAGACCUGAACUGGACGAUACUGGACUAGCGAUGACCAAACUGGACUGGAGGGGGACUAGAUUUGUCUGCACAAGACUGAACAGAAUCUGUUAGACCUUAUACUAUACUGGACUGGACUUGUCUAGGACUAGAACUGAAACUGGACCAAGCAGAAUCAUAUCAAACGGAUAUGAUGCAGAAAUGAAGAGGAGCAGAGCGGACUUGGGGAGAGACCCAUGAAUUGCACUGGAAAAAAAGGAGAAAAAAAAAAAACUUAUGAAUCCUUGUGUGGUUCAGGCUGUUAUUGGAUUAGUGUGGAUGGUUUCCCAAGUCCUGGUGAAGAUGAUGUGGUAAUGAACCUGGAAUGUGAGUGUGUGUGUAAGAGAAGAAAGAAAAGCUUGUGUGUGUGGGAUCACUUGUAUAAAUGAGUUGAUAUUUCUGAGCUGUGAGGCUUGUGAUUUUUCAGCCAUUGCUUCAUUAUUUUGAACUGCACUGCCCCACUGCUUCAGCAUCUCCUCAGCUAGAAAUAGAAAGCUCUGUGGAGAUGAAGGGGAUGAUGACAGUGAACAUAAUAAAAAAGCAAGUGGCCUCUAAGUUUGGACUUGCUAGUUCACCACCUCUGUGCAGCGUUUGCAUGAUUGCUUAUCCCAUUGGGGAGAGAGUGGAGCUUUUAAACCAGAUUUAAAUGAUUGGGUUUGGCUGAAUGGCUCCAAAUGUGUUUAUGAGCACUUUCUGUGUCAGUCCAGUAAUUCCCCAGGACAAGACUCAACCUGGCUAAUGUUCCACAGCUCCAGUUUAACAGGAGCCCCAAGGCAGAUCAGCACAGGAGAAGGUCGCCUGGAAAGCUUUUUGCCAAAAGGUCAGCAUCGGGUUUCUCCUUUUUUUAUAACGCCUCUCCCUGCAGAGCCCUCAAAAAAUAUGUGAAAAAUUUCAGCUCUACAAGCUGAUGAGAGGUUUACAAUGCAUCAUAGGAGUAACAACUGAUUCCUGCUGGUUAAAACAAGCCCAGCGGUGAGGCGUCACUCUGCUUCCACAGCUCAGAUGUCUUUUGAUUGUUGGAUAAUAACUGGACCCUGUAUUGUAUAUAGUGUCGAGUAUUUUUUUGCACUAUUUCAGUCCAUUUGGGGAAUUCUCAUGAAACAGGAUGUUGUGUUUUCCACAUCACAGAGCGCUGGUGUUCCAAACCAUCAAUGUUCCUCUUCAACCUCACUUCAGAAGUACAUAUGAUUGAGCAUAUAUAGUUAUUUUAAGUCAGGGUGUUGUUCUUCUUGUUGUAGCCAUCAUAUGGAUUCAAUCAGCUCCUUUACAGUAGAUGCUUUAAUCUUCAAAAGCAGUGGAGUAAGCAAACAGCUGAAGUCAUUUGGAAGUCAAGUUAACUUUUGUGUUGUUAUUACGCACAACAUAAGGAUCUUUUUUUCUGUUAUUAUGUAGAAUCACAAUGUAACAGUGUGAAGUGGAUAGACAUUUACAGACAAGACAUUAAUUCAUAAGAAAAUGAAAUGCAGAUAUGGUUUUUUUUCAGAGAAGCUCAGACAUAAUUUUUCAGAACUGUUCAUAUACAUAUGUGAAAGCUGGUCUGCUUUGGGGCUCCAAUGAAUGUCCUCACUUCAUGAGUCAAAGCUCAACUUUUUCCUUGAACCACUUUGGUGAAAGUCUGUAUUAACUCUUCUAGGGAAAAAAAAAAGGUUUUCGUUGAAAUUUUUUCUUUUAGGACAGAAUAUUGAAAGAAUAUUAUAGCAUUUUAACAGGAAAAUCAAAUGGGAGAGAAAAAAAUGUGAAACGAGACUACUUUGUUCAUAUCUAAACUUCUUAUUUAUGAGACUUUCUUAAAGGCGCAAUCCUGAACUGUAUUCUUUUUUGAAGUGUUUAUUGACAUUGUAAAUAAAUACACAACAUUUGAUAAGGUAUAAUUUUUUUAAGUAUGAAAUUUUAUAUUUUGUAUUUUUAGCAUACUAACUUAAUUCCUUCUUUGUUGCCCAGAUUUUUGUAUCAUUUAAUUCUAUCUACAGCCUUAAAUAUUCCUUCAGAUGUUUUGGUGAAUUGAUAAGCAUGUGCAGAAUUAAAGAUAAAUGUUG